AUGGCCCCGGUUCUGCUGCGGCUCUGCGCGCUCGCCCUGGCCCUGCUGCCCGCCGCCGUCACCGCGCAGGACGCGGCCGGAGAUUGUCACCAGUACACGAACAGGAGCUGUGAGGAGUGCCUGAAAAAUGUCACCUGCCUGUGGUGUGCCAGCACCAGAAGGUGCAUUGAAUACCCCGUGCGAAGAAUCCUUCCCCCGGCCGAGCUGUGUGAGCUCCGCUCUGCGCGCUGGGGAGUCUGCUGGGUGAACUUUGAAGCCCUGAUCAUUGCAAUGUCCGUGGUAGGAGGAACACUUCUGAUCAUGCUGGGGGUCUGUUGCUGCUGCUGCUGUUGUAAGAAAAAGAGCAAAAAGCCAGACAAGGACGAUGAGAGGGCAGCCCGGGAGCGGGAGAAGAGGCGGGUGAGGCAGGAGGAGAGGAGAGCAGAGAUGAAAUCACGGCAUGAUGAAAUCCGAAGAAAAUACGGCCUGUUCAAGGAAGAGAACCCUUAUGCAAAAUUUGAGAAUUAGCAUCUCCAGACCCACCCACCUUGGUGAACAGUGCCUUCUGCAGAGCCAAAAGUCUCCAGGCUUCCCCCCCACCACCAUGGUGCCACUUCAACUGCCACAGGGGAUGACCCAGAUAUUUGGUGACACCAUUGUCCCCACUCCAGGUGCUUGGUUUGGUCAGACCUUUGCUCUUGCCCUGCUGGUGCAAGGAACCGUGGUGACAGUACUGGAGGAUUUCUUCUCACUCACCCCUGGAGUGGUUGUGGUGUCCAAAGCAAUGCACGUAGCAGUCCUUGUCCCAGCCAGGGUCAAAAGCAACAUCACACAUUUCCCUCACUCCUGCCUCACCAAGAAAACUUGAUGCACACAGGGCUAGGCUGUUCUGCUCUGCCCCCCCCCCCCCCCCCUUUUUUUUUUCUUUUAGUAUAUG